AUGUCGGACAGGGGGUCGAUGGAAGACGGAUUGGCUGUUGAAGCGGCCAAUAACAACCAUGUAAAACUUUCCGAAGCUCAACUUGUACAUAGUGAAUUUGGAGCUCCGCUGGAUGAAUGUUAUAGAUUAGCUAUCAAAUUUUACAAAGAGAAAGAGAAGGCUGGCAAUUUGUCUAUUUCCUACGAUGAUCGAGUGAUGCUGAUGGCAUUGAGCAAGCAGGUACGGCUGGGACCAUUCGCAGAUAAUUCCGACUCUGCCGGCUUCUUCGACCUGCUGGGCAAUGACAUUGCGAAAGCCUGGCGGGAUCUUGGACAACGAUCUCGUGACGAUUCCAUGGCGAGCUUUAUUUUUUUGAUGGACCGUGUAUGUCCACCUUUUAAAAACUUCAUCGCUGAUCAUUUGGAGCCGACAGCGGAAAGCUCCGAGUUGCGACAACUGGACGCGAGCGCACCACAGGAGCAUCACGUCAAUUGGGAAGUGUUUGAAGCGCAGAAGAAGCAGAUCCAAGAAGCUCUGAACGCUCAAACCUUUCACCAAUUCAGCGCGUACGCUCAGCAGCAAUUUCCUGGCCAACCAGAACAGCAAUCUGCUUUGAUUCGACAGCUUCAAGAACAACACUACCAGCAAUACAUGUCGCAGGUGUAUGCCCAACAAGCCGAGGCGGCCGUACCUGAAAGUGAACGACGUGGUCCACAAUCUGCGGCUGAACUAGCAGAGGAUCAACGUGCUCAAGAUGACGAUAGCGACGUGAGCGACGAAGAGCCAGGAGACGACCUUCCCUCGAAUCCUGAAAUUGCUCCUGCUUCGCUGUGGAAUCGCAAAGAUAUCGUAGAGUUUAAGAAUACCAUCAAAAAGGAAGGUAGUGAGGGGAUUAUCAAGGUUGGACACGGAGAGACGGUUACGGUACGCGUUCCCACUCACGAAGAGGGUACAUGUCUUUUCUGGGAGUUCGCCACCGACUAUUACGACAUCGGCUUUGGUGUGUACUUCGAGUGGACAAUUGCUGAUAGUAACCAGGUCUCGAUUCAUGUUAGCGAGUCCGAUGAAGAGGAUGAGUACGACGAGACAAACGGUGAAGGAGGCGAGGGGGAAACACCUGCUAUUCCAGGAAACCCAGCAGUUGGAGAUGUUGAGAGUGGCGGCGGACCACACAGACGUAUUCGUGAUCCAAACAAGCCAAGGCAAGAUGAGAUCAUCCCUGUAUACAGGAGAGAUUGUCAUGAGGAGGUGUACGCUGGAAGCCAUAGCUAUCCUGGAAGAGGCGUUUAUCUUCUGAAAUUCGACAAUUCAUACUCACUUUGGCGAUCAAAGACACUGUACUACCGUGUUUACUACAGCAAAUGA